UAAUUUAUUUUAUUAUAACCUCAAAUUAAAAAAAAAAAAAAAAAAAAAAGUAAAACAGCGGAAUUGUCGUAUGUUCCUGCCUCCGGCCCACACUGAAAGGUGGACCGGGGUGCAGGGCAUAAAUUGCCCCAAUUCGUGGAAUAGAUAGAAUUCUAAACACAGCAGAAUGCAACUCCACUGUUAAUAGAAAUCUUUAAGCAAGUACACUGUUUCCACUUGCCACCAUUAUCUGAAUCAGCAGUCAGCAUCCAUGAAACCCAAAUCCAAACAUAACUACUACAGUAAGCCAGACGACUCAAGCUUCCUUUGGAACUGGAAGGAGCACAAGAAUAAGAGAAGCAAGAACAGUGGGAACCAGUUCCCAGUAACUGAAUUCCUCCAAGAUAACUACCGUAAACUGGAGGAGAAUGUGGUGGGUCCUGGAGCUGGUUUAGGCAUCGGGUGCGGCUUUGGCUUCGGUCUAGGUUUGGUCGGUGGAGUUGGGUAUGGGGGGUGGCCUUGGAACCAUGUUAAGUUUGUGUAUGGGUUUGGCAUGGGUUGUGGUCUCGGGUUAGGAUUCGGGUACGGGCGUGGACUUGGAUAUGGUCGUAGCUUGGAUUCUUUGCAGUCUGAUUUGUUUGAUUGAAAGACAUAUGCUCAGAAUAAAAGAAUUGUUAUUGGGUUAUUGAUUUCA